AUGUAUUCCCAGAACCAUCAGCAGGCCCAUAAUGGCCGGCUGAAUGGUGCUGGGCGAGGAAUACCGAACUUGCUUUAUAACUAUCAACACACCCAACACCAGCAUCCUGCCCAGACGCAACAUCACCAAGGUCUUCAACAUGACCAUGGCCUACCCAACACCAACGGCCUCGCCCAUCAUUCGUCCUUUGCCACGGGUGUACUCUCCAAUUCUCCCUUCAAUGCAAACGCCCUUCAGAACGGUCACUCGUCAAACGGAAGGGGUGGACAAGUUCCCCAGAACGAGAUGUGGCAGGAGCAAUUGCGAAUGCACAAGGAGGCAGAACGAGCCCAUGCUGCCAUGACCGAUCAACAACAACCGCACUACUAUGCUAGGCUUAAGGCGUCGGAGAACAGGGGAAUUGGCGGCCCUCCCCCCACGACUAUCCGAGCCCAGGCUGACGGCGAGGACGACCCGGCUGAUAGAAGGCGGCCAUGGGUCGUGGACAAGGACUUGACCCGACAAGACUGGCACAACAUGGAUAUGAGUGGCCAGGGUCUGCGGAACCUAGCCCCGGAGCUAUUCAAGUACCAGUUCUUGAACGAGCUCUACAUCGCGUCCAACAAACUCACCCGCCUGCCCAAAGAGAUUGGCGAGCUUCGACAACUGCGCCACCUCGAUGCCUCUUACAACCAAAUCUCCGAGCUGCCCCCAGAGCUUGGCAUGUGUACCUACCUCAAGCAGUUGUUGCUAUUCAACAACAAUAUCCAAGAGUUACCCUUUGAGCUUGGCUCACUUCACCUCCUAGAAAUGUUGGGCAUCGAGGGUAACCCACUGGAACCGAACGUGAAGCAGGAACUCAUGGAAAAGGGGACCAAGAGCAUGGUCAACGCUCUGAGGGAAGGCGCCCCAAUUCCCCUCCCCCCUGCUCAACGAAAAGAAAUUGUCAUCCAGGAAGACGUCGCGGCCAACCUGGAGACCAUCAAAGUCUUUUCGUGGAAUAUUCUGUGCGAUAAAUAUGCAACGCAGCAGACUUACGGUUAUACUCCCUCUGGCGCUCUCAACUGGGAAUACCGAAAGGACUGCAUCUUGGAUGAGCUUCGCAUCAGGGACGCAGAUUUCUUAACCCUACAGGAGGUGUCUACGGAGGCGUUCAAGGAGGACCUCAGCCCCGAACUCGCCCAAAUGGAUUACAAGGGUGUACACUGGCCCAAGUCCCGUGCCCGGACCAUGUCAGAGAAGGACGCUCUAGGUGUCGACGGUUGUGCCAUCUUCUACAAACAGAGCAAGUUCAUCUUGCUCGACAAGCAGCUUAUUGAGUUCGCCUCCAUCGCCAUCAACCGCCCCGACAUGAAGAACCAGCACGAUGUGUUCAACCGUGUCAUGCCCAAGGACAACAUCGCCGUCAUCUGCUUCUUCGAGUCUCGCCUGACUGGUGCGCGCAUCAUCAUUGUCAACGUGCAUUUAACCUGGGACGCUGCUCUUGCCGACGUCAAGGUCAUUCAGACUGGUAUCCUGAUGGAGCAUGUCACCAAGCUAGCUGAGAAGUACGCAAGGUGGCCUGCAGUCAAGGACAAGAAGAUGAUUGUGCUGCCGACGGACGACGGGACGGCCCCUAUCCCCCAGGCCGAGCCAGGUCCAAGCCAAGAGUACCGAACGAACACGGAAAUUCCUCUCCUGGUUUGCGGCGAUUUCAACUCGACCGAAGACUCGUCAGUCUACGAAUUGAUGGCUAUGGGUCGUGUACCGCCAGACCAUCUUGAGCUCGGCAAGUACCAGUACGGUAGCUUCACUCGAGACGGUAUCGAACAUCCCUUCAGCCUCCGUGACUCGUACGCCCACACCAAGAAAACUGCCGACGAGCUGCCGUUUACGAAUUACACACCCGGUUUCGCCGAUGUCAUUGAUUAUAUCUGGUACUCAACCAACACUCUCGAGGUGGUGGACCUGCUUGGCCCCCCCGACUCAGAAUACAUGAAGCGAGUAGCUGCUUUCCCCACGUGGCACUUCCCAGCCGAUCACAUUCAAAUCAUGUCCCAGUUCGUCAUCAAAGGCCGCAAGGAGAAAAAGCACCACAACAACCCAGAACCCGACUUUGGAGGCGGCUCUGGAACAUCGCGUGGCUAG